UUUACAGGAAGAAGAAGCCUUCGAUCUAUCAAACUUGUUGGCGCAUUGAGCCCUUCUCUGCAACUACAGAACUACUGUCACUCUCGGUUUUGAAACCUAUUUCUAGGGUUUAUUGGGUGUCUGUUAUCACCAUGAAUCGAUAGCUCUUGAUCUUUUGCCCAAGAACAUGGCGAACAUUAACAACAAACACGAACCGAGCACUGCUCCUCAGCCAGACCGAUGGUAUAACCUAACCCUAGGUUCCUCUUUCAAAGAUCAUUCGUCCACCAAGUUCUGCACUCUACGAUAUGAAUUUAAGCCGGCGUCGAUCGAUAAAAGCCACCCUGGAUCUCUCCACAAGAACAAGGAAAAUAGGAUCACUGUAGAAUUUCAUAACAAUCAACCUGGAAAACCCAAAGUGACCUUCGAGGGCAGCAGCGAAGAUUACAAGGAGAAUGAUGGAGCGUUGUUCUUCGAUGGCGAGACCUUCCGGUUAGAGCGGCUGCAUCGAGCGGUGAAGCGGUUGAGGCUCCGGCAACCUGGAGAGUCUGCAGCAGUGGCUGCUGCGUCGGUAGUCACUUCGGUUGGACCAGCUGCAGAGUCUCGUUCUCCCCCUCACGGAAAGCCAGCAAAAUCGCAGCCUCUCAGUAAAAGUAUAGCUCCUCCAAUGCAGAUUGAGGUGGAACGAAUUGACAUUGGAAAUUCUGAUAGCCCAGGUGUAAAACCUACGGGUAGGAUGGCAGUUGAUCAUCCAUCUGCUCCACCAAAUCCAUCAGCUGAAUCACCAGACCUAGAGGAACACCUGGAAAUAGUUAGUGAUGAUGAGGAUGGCAGCACAACACCAAACAAAGGGAAUGCUGCUGAACGACUUGCCAAAACUAGACUAGGCAUCAAUCAGAAUGACACAGAUGAUGAGAUCGCAAAUGUGGAUGUCAGUGAUGAUGAGGCAGAUAAAGGCCCUAAUGCCGCAGAAGCCCUGAGGGCCCAGGUGAAUGCCGAAGAAAGAGAUGAACAGACUUCAAGUUCAAGCGAAAGCAGCAGGAGUGGUAGCAGUGGGAGCAGUGGGAGCAGUAGUGGAAGUGGAAGCAGUAGCAGUGACAGUGAAGCCAGCGACGAUUCAGUCAGCUCUAUCUGACAUAUCCAUGGUAGGAAGGUGGGGGGUUUACUUAAAAGACCCCAAAUAACCAUGGUUACCCUGGUUUGCAGAAAUGCCGUGCCCCAGAACGAUUGGCCCUUCAACUUCAAGUGAGUUUGCAGAUUUGGCAGGGG